CAGGAACACCUGCAGGAGGUGGGUUGUUUUGUUUUUAGUUUUGGCUUCCCCCAGCUUUUUCUCCUCUCUGUCUACCUGCCUCUUUCUACUCUCCAACAUGACUUCUUCUUGGUAUGGAACAAACCUCUCCAAAGGCUCCAUCCUUCUGGGGCUGGGGGCCCUUCUCUGCUCAGUCGUGGAAGGCCGAGGUGGUAUUGUAGACAGCAUGCAACGAUUUACCAGCUUGCCAGUGUACCUCCCUGCAAGUUAUCACAUCUCCAAUGCUGAUGUUUCCUUCUUCCUAAAAGAAACCAACCAGGAUAUCAUGAGGAAUGCUAGCUUGAAAUCUCGAGUGGAGUCUUUCCUUGUCUACAAAGCCACUAGUUUGCCUGUAUUAAAUGCAACAUAUGGCCCAUUUACUGUGGAGCAAACAUUGCCACCGAACCUCCUGCUGACAUCAACUCUGUUCACUGUUGCUGACCAGCUUGCUUUUAAUUGGAAGUUAUGCUCACGUGUCAUCGACAGCUCCAUUUAUCCCAGCAGGCCGAAAGUCCAAGCUUUGUUCUAUGUUGCUGGCAGAGACUGGGAAGACUAUGAUCCCACUGAGAUCCUGCCCUGUGUGCGGAUGAUGGCCUUCCAGGAGGAUAGAGUAGCUGUUGGCAGUUGUCGGUUAAAAGGUCACCUGGGGUUAUGCGUUGCAGAGCUGGAGUUCUCCCCAAUUUGGUUCAACCUGGUAUUGCCAUCGCCGCCGCCACCCUCGGCCCCAGAGUAUCAGCAGAUGGCGGACUCUUCCGAAGGGAUCACUGUGGAACUUUUCUAUUGGAUGUAUGCAGAAGAAGGGGAAUGUUCUUCAGAGGACCAAAAACUUAAAAGCUUUCUUCAUCUGGAAGAGCAAGAGGAGCCACAGGUGCCUUUGGCAGCAAUGGAGAGGAUCGGCAGUGUUAUUCUUUACCCAGCACAAGACCGGCUAAAGAAGUCCUUGCUGAAUCUUGAUGAUAACCUUGUGCUCUGUUUACCACUCAGCCCUGUCAAGGAAGGUGACCUCGUUGUGUUUCAUGUAUCCCUCGCCAGUGGUUCUCUAGCAGAUCAGUUUACACUAAGAAUUAAGGCUGCGCCAGGUGUGAAGAUAAUGGACAUCCGAGUCACUGAUCCGGACCAGUGGGGAGUUCAACAAGAUGUAGACAAUGGAAGGACACAGACCACUGCUACUAUUGUAUGUGAACACAUCGAUUCAAACACAGAGAGCAGGGCGAAUGUCUCCUCUUAUGAGAUAUUGCAGGUGGAUUUUGAAAUUGACAACAGUAGUGGCUUGGUGGGGGCCCAGCAAAUCACCUGGCAGGUGGAAUACCCCCAAGAUGAGUCUGUGAGUGAGCUGGUGGUCUCUGAGGUCUUUGUCAGCCAAGCAACCUUUGCAGGAAUUGUUCCACUUGCAAUGGACACUGAAGUCCUUAACACAGCCAUUCUGACGGGGAAACCGGUGACUGUCCCAGUAAAAGUGGUUGCCGUUGAAGAAGAUGGAUCAGUGAGAGAUGUGUCUGGUUCCACCGAAUGCAAAUCAGCUGAUGAAGAUGUCGUGAAGGUUUCGGACAACUGUGACACCAUCUUUGUUAAUGGGAAGGAAAUGAAAAGCAAAGUGGACACCAUUGUGAACUUCACGUACCAGCAUUUUACCACUCAGCUAGAAGUCACCGUCUGGGUUCCACGACUUCCUCUGCAAAUAGAAAUCUCCGAUACAGAAUUGAGUCAGAUCAAGGGCUGGAGAAUCCCCGUCACCUCAAACAAAAGGCCUACACGUGACAGCGAUGAGGAUGAGGAUGAUGAGAAAAAAGGCAGAGGCUGCACCCUACAGUACCAGCAUGCCAUGGUGCGAGUCCUUACCCAGUUUGUGACGGAAUCGUCCGAUUUGGGAGGCCAGCUGACCUACAUGCUCGGCUCUGAGUGGCAGUUUGACAUCACAGACCUCGUGGCUGACUUCAUGAAGGUGGAGGAAUCCAAAGUAGCCAAGUUACAAGAUGGACGGGUUCUGAUUGGUCGUGAGCAAGGAAUCACAACAGUUCAGGUCCUCUCACCUCUCUCUGAUUCCAUUUUGGCUGAGAAGACAGUGAUUGUCCUGGAAGACCGGGUGACCAUCACAGACCUUGGGGUACAGCUUGUAGCAGGCUUGUCCCUCUCACUCCAGAUAAGUAAAGGAAACAAGAGGGUGAUUGUUUCUACAGCAUCGGCAUCUGAUAUUCUUCAUUCACCAAAACAGGAAGCUUUGGUCAGUGGUUGGAUUUUGUUCAGCGAUGGUACUGUGACGCCCUUAGACAUCUAUGAUCCAAAAGAUUUCUCUCUUGCUAUUACAUCGCUGGAUGAAAUGGUGGUGUCUGUCCAUCAAAGCCAUGAGGAUGACUGGCCUGUGGUGGUGGCAGAAGGUGAAGGUCAGGGGCCACUCAUUAAAAUAGAAAUGGCAAUCAGUGAACCUUGUCAGAAGUCCAAGCGGAAGAGCAGCUUGGCUGUGGGGAAAGGAAGCAUCAAAGUCAAGUUUGGCCAGAAGGAUUCAGACCACAAAGAGGACACCAAUGACACUGAAGGUGUCAAUGGUGAUUUUAAAAGCCAUGAGAGUAAUUCUGUAGAGAAGUCAUUGGAGCAAGAGAGGUCAGGGCAAGACUGGCCCAAACAUGGGGCUUCUAUUAAUCAUGAAGAGGCUACCAACCAAAGCACAACUUCCAAGAUUCCAGUUCAUCAAAAAAAUGCUGAUGGGGAUGGUCAGCUCCCAAAUGGUCCAACCUCCUUUACAAGCUUCCCCGUCCAAGUUGACAUUCCAGGGCACAACAGCCCCAGUGACUUCACUUUGGCUUCCAGAGGUUUAACGGAUCUUGAGAUUGGCAUGUAUGCCCUCUUGUGUGUUUUCUGUUUAGCCAUAUUGGUUUUCUUAAUUAACUGUGUGGCAUUUGCUUGGAAGUACCGGCACAAAAGGUUUGCUGUCAGUGAGCAAGGCAACAUCCCUCAUUCCCAUGACUGGGUGUGGCUUGGGAAUGAGGUUGAACUCUUGGAGAACCCAGUGGACAUUUCGUUCCCAUCUGAGGAGUGCACAACCAUGAUAGACAGAAGGAUGCAGUUUGAGGAAAGCAAUUUCCUUCUCAAUGGGAGCUCUCAGAAGAGCCUACACAACCAAAUCCUCCGGUCUGCUGAAUAUGCUUGUGAGAAAGACAUCACAAAUGAACCUAUCAACCCUCCUGUGCCCAAACGGAAAAGAGUCAAAUUCACAUCCUAUACCACCAUCCUGCCAGAGGAUGGUGGCCCAUAUACUAACUCCAUUCUCUUUGACAAUGACGAUAAUAUCAAAUGGGUAUGCCAAGAUAUGAACUUAGGGGAUUCCCAGGAACUUAGAGACUAUAUGGAAAGGCUGCAAGACAAUAUGUAA